CAGGGGCGUGACCCCGCCCCCCCGGAAGUGGCUCCUCUCCCGCCCCGGCCGCGGGCUUGCUUUCUCCCGGCUCUUCCGCAGUGUCGUUGCCGCUGCUAUCACCAUCACUAUGGGGGGAAAGAACAAGCAGCGAACCAAGGGCAACCUGCGGCCUUCUAGCAGCGGGCGAGCUGCAGAGCUCCUCGCCAAAGAACGUGGAACAGUGCCUGGGUUUAUUGGCUUUGGAACAUCUCAGAAUGAUCUAGGAUAUGUUCCUGCAGUUCAAGGAGCAGAGGAGAUAGACAGCCUUGUGGAUGCUGAUUUUCGAAUGGUGUUGCGAAAACUUUCUAAAAGGGAUAUCACAACAAAAUUAAAAGCCAUGCAAGAAUUUGGAACAAUGUGCAAGGAAAGGGAAGCAGAAGUUGUUAAAGGUGUUCUUCCUUACUGGCCAAGAAUUUAUUGUAAAAUCUCACUGGAUCAUGAUCGCCGUGUUCGAGAAGCAACUCAGCAGUCUUUUGAGCAACUGAUUCUUAAAGUAAAGAAGCACUUAGCCCCCUACUUAAAAAGUAUCAUGGGAUACUGGUUGAUUGCUCAGUGUGACACUUACUCACCUGCUGCUUCUGCUGCAAAAGUAGCUUUUGAAAAAGCUUUUCCUUCAAGCAAGCAACCUGAAGCCUUAGUAUUUUGUAAAGAUGAAAUUCUUAACGUACUUCAAGAUCACCUUCUGAAAGAAACACCCGAUACACUCAGUGACCCCCAAACUGUACCAGAGGAAGAAAGGGAAGCUAAAUUUUUCCGGAUUCUGACCUGUUCGUUGUUAGCUUUAAAGAAGUUGCUGAGCAUGUUGCCAAAGACAGAGGUGCGUUCUCUGGAGGAAAAGUUAAUGUCACUUCUGUCCCAAAGCAAGUUUUGGAAAUACAGCAAACAUAACAUGCCACAGGUUCGCUCAGCUUUCUUUGAGCUGGCUUCUGCUUUUUGCCAGUACUUGCCUGAGCUGGUGAAAGCUGAAGCACCAAGAGCUUGUACUGCUGUUCUUCUCAGCAUUGAUGACAGUGAUGCAGUGGUGUGUCCUGCUCUUUGGGAAGCUGUACUUUAUGCUAUCACUACUAUUGAGGACUGUUGGGCUCAUGUAAAUGCCAAAAAGGGAGUUCUGCCAAAGCUGUGGGCAGUGCUUCGAGAAGGUGGACGAGGACUAGCUACUGUUAUAUACCCAAAUCUCUUGCCGUUCAUUAGCAAGGUACCUGCUGGCAUUGCAGAACCAAAGCUGGAAUAUUUCAGGACUUUUUUCAGCUCUAUAAUUCAAGGGUUGUCAAGUGAGCGAGCAAUAGCCAGCCCUUCAGAAAGUUCAGCAAUUAUAACUGCUUUUAUGGAGUGUCUGCGCUUUGCCAUACUACAGAAAAUAGAUGAAGAAGAUGACCAAAGGCAAAUUCAUCAAAUGCUUGUAUAUGACCAGCUAAUUCCUCUCACCAAUGCUGUACUUAAGGAGCCCAGGUUACAAAAUGGACCAUUAUUUUAUCAAAUAGCAGAAACGCUGAGCUCCUGGGAAGGUAAAGCAGAACUCCCCAGUGAUGAUGGCACGGAUGAAGUUUUCCAGAAACUGUUGUCAAAUUUUUGGGACCAUCUUUUAAAAAUGUGUGUGCUUCAUGUUGAUACAUUGGAUGCUGAUGAGAAAUCAUUGUUUGCCAUAUCUGGUAUGCUAAAAAUUCUUCAGAAUCCAAAAGGUGCUACAAAACUAAACAACAGAAAAUCUCUAAAAAUCAGAUUUACAGAUGAGGAUGAAUCUGAAAGAAAUGCAGAGAAUGGAAAGGUUAUGGAAAUGAGAAAUAAUGACUCUGAAAUAGAGGCUGACUUGCAGCAUAGUUCACUUCUAAGGAAAGAACCUUUAGAGAAUUUAGUCUGCAGCCUUGCUGAACUGAGUAUUGUGUAUGUGAAUGAACAGAAGUCAGACCGGCAUUUGAAAUUUCUCUCUGCCCUGCUUAACUCUUUUUCAUCAAAUAGAGUUUUUCAAGUACUUUUAGAGCAGGGCAAUGAUGCAAGCUCUACUCAAGCUGAAUCCCCAGAUGAAAUGAAAGUUCAUUAUGAAAAUCCAUCUGUGAGAUUUUUGUAUAUGAAUUUAAUAACUUGGCUGAAAGAAGACUGGAGGAGAGACACCCAUUUUCUGGUUGACAUUUUGUACAGUGUGCUUAAUUGUUGCGACAGUAAUGAUGAAAGGAAAAUCAUUCUUGACAAUUUAACGAAGAUGGAUUUGAAAUGGAUUAUUUUUCUCCAGAUAAUUCAAAAGGCAUGCUCAAGCACAACAAAACUUUCCUUAGUCUCUGACUGGCUGAAAGGAGAUACACUUGGAGAAAGACUUGUAAUGCUGACAGAUGAUUUGUGUCACCUGGGUUUAAAACCUGUAGCCACCUCAUCAGACUCAUUCUCUUCUGAAAGGUGGACCCUCCUGAGCUUAGUGUUGUCGCAGCACGUUAAAAAUGAAUCUUUGAUUGGUGAAACUUUUGUUGAAAGGAUUAUUGAUAAACUUCAGGCAGCUCUGUCUAAAGCUAAGGAUCUUUCUGAAGCUGGAAAUACUGAACCAUUGGUAUCUCUCAUCUGUGAUGUAGCCUCAAGCUUUUUCAGUUCAGUUAAAGGGUGUUUACUGAUGCCAUCCUCAGAAGACUUGCUGCUUACCAUCUUCCAACUGUGUGCUCAGAGGCAGGAUGCUACGCACUUAACAGAUUUACUUUUAUGUAAAUUAAAACACACUUGGAUGUCUGGAGUAAAUUCACUUGUGCAUCAACUUCGGAGUAUGCAGAAACAGAGUACCUUCUUGCAUAAAUCUGCACUGUGGGUCAAGAAUCAAAUUCAGUCUUCUUCCUUGGAUGUUAAAAGCCUUCAGGUUUUGAUCUCUGCAGUUAGUGAUUUGCUGUCUAAGCUUAUGGAAGCUGACCGGCAGUCUGGAUAUCUUGUGGGAGCUUAUGUUGAACAUGUCAUGCCAAACAAAACUGAGUGGGAGAAAUUGCACGAACCUCUGUCUACUGAGUGGAUGCACAAGCCUCUUUUGGAAGGAAGGCUUAGUAUGAAUUGUGAACCCUUGGCAUCAUGUGUCAAGCUGUGUGACACAACUAAACUUCCAGGCCAUCUGUGUACUUCAGCCUUAUUAAGUAAAAUGGUGCUACUUGUAUUGGAAAAUGAUACAGUCCAUGAAAAUUGUGAUGUUGAAAGAAGGAAAAUAGAUAAUAUAAUUGCAGAACUCUUGUACUCAUUACAAUGGGUUGAAGAAUUGGAAAAUCCUCCUCCACUUCAGGAAUAUCUCCAUAUGUUAGAAGAAAUACAUGUCACCUAUGAGAAGUUCAGGAUGCUUAGUGAUACAACUGGCCUUCAGCAAACACUAUUUGACAGAUCAGAGGAACAUGGAAGGCUCUGGUCCUUAACCCUGGCUAAAGUGAUUCGUGCAGAAAAUGCUGUAUCCUGUGAGAUGAAACAACUUUUUAAGACAACAGAAGGGUUUCCGCCAUUAACAGAGGGCAGAUUACAUACACUUCAGUGCCUGUCACCUUUUCUGCUUGAGGAAGAAAAGAACGAACUUGUUUUCCACUGUGUGGCCAAACUUAUGACAUGCACGCAGAUAGAGCUUUCCAGCACCAAUGGAGCAUUUGGGUGUCUUUCCAUUUUGAACUCCUGCUUGAAUGAUAGUAGUAUUGAUUGUGAUCAUCUACUACCUGGAAUACUAAAAGUCAUAAUAUCUUGGAAAAACAACAGUGAGGACAGUUUUCUCUUUAGCUGUAAUCUGAAAGAGACAAGUGCUCAAUUGCUUGGUUUCAACAUAGAGGUGAUCCGUUACAUUCCCUUGUUGCUGAAGUAUUCCAUAGCUCCUUUGGACAACAGUGAAUGGGACUUCAUCAUGUGCUCCAUGCUGGCUUGGUUAGAGACAACAAGUGAAAACCGUUCACUUUAUCAUGUCCCACUUGUGCAGAUUUUUGCUUGUGUCAGUUGUGACUUGGCAUCUGCCCUUAGCUCUUACUUUGAAGCUGCAACUUCCAAAACUACUGAAAACCUUCCUGUGAACUUGAUCAGUGAAUGGAAAGAAUUCUUUUCUGAAGGAAUUCACAAUUUGCUAUUACCUUUGUUGGUGAAAAUCACAGGAGAAACCAAAAACGCAUCUGAAGGCUCUUUUCAGAACUCUGUGUUAACGUCUUUGGGUGAAGCUCUAACUUACAUCUCGAAGGACCAGCUGUUAAACCAUAAAUUGCCAGCAAAGUUUGUUGCAGGCCAAAAAACAAAUCUUCCAGAUAAGCUCCAGACUCUACUAAAUACAUUAUCUCCACUGUUGCUUUUCCGGGCUAGACCUGUACAAAUCUCUGUCUACCACAUGUUUUAUAAAUUAAUGCCUGAAUUGCCAAAAUUUGAUGAUGAAGAUCUGAAAUCAUAUGGUGACGAAGAGGAAGAAUCAGCAUUAUCACCUCCAGCAGCUCUUAUGUCUGUCCUGGCCACUCAAGAAGUCUUGCUAGAAAACAUCCUGGAAUGCAUUCCGGUUGGAGAAUUUGCAGUUAUUCAGCCCCUGAGUGAUGAGUUCUGCCUUGUUCUGGGAUACCUUCUCACUUGGAAGUUAACAUUAGCUUUCUUCAAAGCAGCUUCUUCUCAGCUGCGAGUUCUCUACUCACAAUACCUUAGAAGAACUAAAAGCUUGAAUAAACUGCUGUAUCACUUGUUCAGGCUUAUGCCUGAAAGCCCCAUCUUUUCUGGGCCAACUUCAGAAGUUCCAAAUAAGGACACAAAAACCUUUUUUACUGAAGAGCUUCGUUUAGAUGUCAAAGGGACAGGAGUCCUGUCAUCCCAGAUUCCACACUUGGCCUGCUCUGUGUACCAUAUAACACUGAAAGACCUUCCAGCCAUGGUCAGGCUUUGGUGGAAUAGCUGUGAGAAGCGCGUCUUCAAUGUUGUAGACAAGUUUACAAGCAAAUACGUCAGCAGCGUACUUUCUGCACAGGAAAUAGCUUCUGUUCAGACUAGCACACAGUUAUUUAAUGGCAUGACGGUAAAGGCUCGGUCUGCAGCACGGGAAGUCAUUGCUACCUAUUCAGUUGAUGAUAUAUUUAUUGAACUAAUAAUACAGCUUCCAUCAAAUUACCCACUGGGAUCCAUAACAGUUGAGAGUGGAAAGAGGGUUGGUGUGGCUGUGCAGCAAUGGCGCAAUUGGAUGCUACAGUUAAGCACCUACCUUACACAUCAGAAUGGAAGUAUUAUGGAAGGAUUGUCUUUGUGGAAAAAUAACGUGGACAAACGUUUUGAGGGUGUUGAAGAUUGCAUGAUCUGCUUUUCAGUCAUUCAUGGUUCCAACUAUUCACUUCCCAAAAAAGCUUGCAGAACAUGCAAGAAAAAGUUUCAUUCAGCUUGCUUGUACAAAUGGUUCACAUCGAGCAACAAAUCCACCUGUCCACUCUGUCGAGAGACAUUUUUCUGAAUUAAAACAUUCUCCUUUCUGUGAGCUAAGUAAUAAAUGAAGAGAAGGCAAAAAACUGUUGUAAGAAGCUAACUACUUGGAAAUAAUGUCAGUUACUUCAAAUUUUUUACUAGUGGGAUAUAUGACACAUAGUUACCUCUGGACUGCUUUUUGUAAGUUUGAAGAUUCUUCUUUGAUAUAAAGAAAUAUAUAAGAAUAAUUUAUUUUAAUGUGUAUAUUUUUAAGAUACUGAGAUAUAUUAAAAGUUUGGAAAUAAUGCAGUUAUGUUUCAGAAGUGGUGUUUAGGCCACAACAUAGUUGAUGAAAACCUCUUAUUUUAGAUGUAUUCUAACACGGUGUCAGGCACUUAACCCAGCUCAUGCCUUUUAAUAUAGCAGGUGAAUUUAACAUAGGUGGUAUAAAACCUUGAUUUUUGGUUAUAGUGUGUUCAUAAUAGUUCCUUUCAUGGGAAAAAAAGAAUGUUGUUGCUGUUAGACAUGAAGGCAUGGAUCUAGGGUGACAGCCUUCAGUUAAAGCGUAAAAUUUAAACAGAGCAUGCUUUAAAUUAACAUGCUUGUAUACCAAGCUUUCACCUUUAACAGUCUCAUUUUCCAAAAAUCCCUUAACCAUCCAGCACCCUAAAACCACAAAAACUCAGAAAGCCCAAGUAAGUAGAAUACAAUCAUUCCUGCAUGACAAUGAAAAAUGCUACCUAUUUAUUGCCAACUGACUUUUAACGAGAAGGUAUAUGCACCGAUCAGCCCUUAUUGUUUUAGUUGAUGUCAUUGUUAGCUGGCAAAGUAGCUAUCACUGAAUGGACACUGUACUUCCACUGUCCCAGAAUUACAAGGACUCCAAGUGAAUAUGACAGAUAUAUCAAAACUUAAUAUUGUUGCCGACUAUACAUUUUCCAUGCUUUUUAUUUUUUAAACAGCAGCAGUAUACUAAUAAAAUCAAAGUGGAAUGGUAUUUGGGGUGGGUAUCUUUUGAAAAGUGAAUAAAAGGGGGGGAAUAAAUAAAUUUUAAUC